AUGUCGGCUCACCAUUCAAGAAACCCAAGUGUAACGCAGUUGAAACCCGACUGUACCGGAUUGUACCACGGACGGGUCACCACGGGCCCUGGACAGGGAAGAGUAUCCCGCUUGUACACCCCCCCAACUGACCUUGACUCAACUUUGUACACCCCCGACUUCCGAUUUCGGUUUCGGUUGAAUACACGUGUGUCGUUACCACGCUCCGGUGUUCUCUUCUGUCCCGCCCGACCUGUGCGCAUGUGUGCUGUGUAUACCUGCAGUGUCAACAUCCACACAUCAAACAGCAGUGAUCGGAAUGUUGGCCCAGUAAACGGGGUUGCGGUUGCCAGUUCCGACGACAGUCUCGUGAUUCGCACUGGCGGUGCCAACACACAGUACCUAUGGGAAAACAAGUGA